AUGCCUGCCGUAGUUAUAAUGGAUGAAAAUUAUGAUAAACUUUUAGAGCAGUGCCAAACACAGGAGCUUGAGGUAGUUAUAUCCAAGUAUUUCAUCAAACGUGUGUAACUUGCAGCUUUAAAUGUGUCAGUAUUCGCGAAGAGAAUCUCUUUGGUUUGUGUGUUUUAACUUAGCUAGCUGGUAGGUGUGCUAGCUAGCUAUCCGUCCAAACACACUAACGUUAGCGAACAUAACAUAGCUAGCUAACUAGGUCAUAACAUUAAAUUGAGCACAGCUAACUCUGCAUUUAACGUGCGAGAAAGUAGCUAGCUAACCACACACACAUUCAAAUAUCACAGAUUGUCUUGAGCAUUUAAUUUAGCGGCACAGGGAAGCAGCUGGAUAAUGUUUUUUCCUAGCUAGGUUUUGUGGGUAAAGUAAUAUGCGCAGAACGUUAAGGUUUAGUGCACAGCCACAGGAAAAGGCUUCCUGGAUGGGGCGGUUAGAUCAGGUCGUGCAGGCUCAGCCAGCCUAAUAGAUGUCAAUUUAAUAAUGUGCCUAUCUUAAGUCAUGAGGGUACAACGUUUGGAACGUCAUUAGCCAAGUUUCCAUCCAACAGGAAAUGGCGGUACAAUUUCAUGAAUGUCAACAGACAAUUUGUUCAUUCGACAUGGUGGAAUCUUUUUGUCUGUAAAACAAAUUAUGCGAGAAAUGUGGGUGGAAUAAUCAUAUCGAAGUAAACUUGGAGUCACGCGAUGAUAUGUUAUCUGGUCCUCCCACUCCGAUUUGGGAACGCAGACAGUUUAAGUUAUGAACUUCACAGGGUAGUGAAGUGUACGGUGAGGAGCUUGAUGUACCUUUCUAAUAAAUAUCGAGGGUCUUAUUCUGGUGACAUGAUGAUUGAUGCUUGGCUGCCGUUUGACAAAUACAAAUAAUCUCGCUCUUAUCUAUAAUAAUCGAAUGUAGGCUAGCCUACCCACACUGUAUCUGCGAACUGUUGACUAGAGCUCACAUGCGAAGACCAGAGUGGGCACAUUUGCUAUUUAACGCAACAUGUUUUGUUACCAAAUCCAUAUGUAGAGUUGAAAAUGCGAUGGAAACACAUUGAAGUUUUGAUUUGAAUUCAGUACAUGAAAACGUCAUAUUCAUCAUCUCCAGCACCACCUCUACAUAUGUGAAAAUGGCCCGUUUCUGUUUUGUGGAAAAAAUAUAUUCAAUCUUGAAUAUGAAGUUGAGAAAUGGUGAUAUUUCCCUUUUAAGCGAAAAAGUGCCUUUUAUGUGCACUACGUAGUGCUUUAUCCGCAACAAGUCAGUUUGAUGGAAACACCAUUGGUGGGAAAAUAUUUUUUUAUGCAUAUUUUAGAAUGUUCGCAUGAAAAUCUGUCGCGAAUUGGAUUGAAACCUAGCUAUUGGCUUGCAUGGUCUGACUGUAGACCUUGACUAAUUGUUUGUUUUAUUGCCAGGCUCCAGGUGGAAUUGCAACCCCUCAAGUGUAUGCCCAGCUGUUGGCGCUCUAUCUACUGCACAAUGACAUGUAAGUCAGGUUUUCUAUAGGCCUAGCCCUUCUAAAGAUAAGGUUUUCUGACCAUUGAAACAUGGUUGGAAUUAAAGGGGAAUGGAAACACUUUUGAAAGUAAAGCUAAGAAGAUAGAUGUGUUCAAUCCACCAAUACUAAACAUGCAUUUUAGAUAGUAACAUCUGUUUUUAGGAUUUUGAUCUUGAACAAUGUUUAUUAGAAGUAUGGGUAGCACCAUCUUGAAUUGCCAUAGUAACGACUGACGCCAAUGCGUCAUUGGUAGGAUUGAGCAAAUUGUGAGUUGUGGCGCGGAGACUGAAAGUGAAUGCUGCCACUGGGAGGCGCCUGGCCUCCACUGGACCUGAAAGGUUUCUCACAACUUUGACAGCUCUCUUAUUGAGAUCAGGACAACAACAUUAAGGUAAAAAACUGUAUACAAUCCGUUUUUAUGCUGGCAAUCAUAAUAUUUACAUUUUAGAGUUUUUUCAGAUUGAUAAAAUGAGUCAGUGGAAUUAACUUUUGAUAACAAGCCGCGUACGUUAGACGGUCAGCCAAAACGAGGCAAGGUAGCUAGCCAGCCUACUUGGUUUAGCGCUUCUCUUUUUGAUGUUAAUGUUUUUUUUUUUAUAUAGCUGUACAAAAUAAAAUGCUCAUAUUGACAAUUUGAACAGCAUUUGUCAUUAGGUGUUAGCUAGAGCUUAAACUAGCUAGUGACUCAAUCUGUAGCCAGUCAGUGAGGGCUGUUGCAGGAUUGCUAUUUUACCAGUAAAAUGCAGCUAGCUAUGAUCCCCAUAGCUAUAAUAUGUAGCUAGCCAGUCAGUGAGGGCUGUUGCAGGAUUGCUAUUUUACCAGUAAAAUUAAGCUAGCUAUGAUCCCCAUAGCUAUAAUUGUUAGCUAGCUAGAUAACUACAUAGCUAGAUAUCUCAUUAGGUGUCUGUUUAUCUGUGAUAUGAUUCCUAAAAAUAGUAGCUAAGCCUGCUGGCUGUUGAUUGCAAUAAUUAAUGUAGCCUAAGCCUGAAGCCUAACCCUUAGCCUAACCCUUAGAAUGACUUUUGAAAGCUCAGUCUCGUAGUCAGUUUGGUAACUAUUUCAUCCUGGACCCGGUUUCCCAAUAGCGAUGGAACUUAAGCUUACGAGUGUUUUUAACGAUGCAUCUUUCCUAAAAUGGCUGAAGAUGUAACAUGAGUUUCCCAAAACACCACGCAGAGAGAAUGGUCGCUAAGUGCGUCGUUGGAGCAUGUGCCGAUACUGAUAGGAUCGAAAGAAAGAGAGCGCUGCUUUCGGGUGAGCUUUCUCCAUUCAAAUUGUAGCUUAACAUUAUAAUUAUUUCACAAUACUGACGACUGAUGUAGGUGGUAAUAUCUUCUAGAGAUAUUACCACCUACGGCUGCAAAUAUUGAAGUGUCUUAUUCUAGUGGUUACCUAAUAAAAAUUAACAAAAUCACAAAUUUGGCACUAUAUUGCGCCCGUUAGGCUACACAGCAUGAAAUAUAUUGAGACAAAUUACAGACAGUAGCCUACAAGUAGCAAAAUAGAACUCAAUUGAUUGAACAUUAAAUGUAUUUCAAUAUGAUUGCAAUAAAAUAAACUGUAGGCUAUAGGCCUAUUUCAGUCAUCUCGGUUUUCAUUUGAAGCAUACUUUUAUACAUCACUUGUUUGUGUCAAUUGCAAAGACAUUGGCAACUUUGUAUCUGAAGUUGUAGGCCGUCAGAGAGACGGAUAAACCAUGUGAUUAGCGGAAUCUUCUGUGUAUAAAGUGACGUGUGAGGGCAAAAAGCAUCUAAUGACGUACUUAGCUGUUCUACGAAUGGCAUCAGGCAGGCAUUUGGAUUACGAGCGUUUUCAAGUGCAACGUUAAUAACGAUGGUUUUGGGAAACAUGCUACUACAAAGGUUCUUACGAUGAACUUAUCCUUAAGAUGCUUUUGGGAAACUGGGCCCUGGUCUAGCUAGCUGGUUUGUGACUUUGCUACUUACAGACAUACAUUAUCAUAUUAUUUCAGUUAUGGACUAUCAGAUAUUAAAUUAUGUAAAGUUUUCUCAAUUGUUUGAGUGAUCCUUUUGGAUAAUAAAAUGUGACGUUGUCACCUUGCAAGCCGAUUGAUAACAUGUAGCUACACAAUUCCCUUACAUGAAUGAUUCCCUUUUUUAUGUGCUGAAGGAGGCUUAACAUUUAUGUACAUGGAAAAAAUUGAUUUAAAUAUUAUUCCAAUGUUGGCCUCUCUUAUCGUAGUCAUAGAGUUUUGUGUGAUUUUUAUUUUACUUGUCAUUCGGACAGAAUAAAUCUAUAUUCUUCUUGUCUGACUUUUUUUUUUUUGUACUGGUCAAGAGGACAAGCAUUAAUGUCGAUCCCUACAUUGGCUUUGUGGUUAGUGUCCACCCUGAGACAAGCGUCUGCUUGGCACUCUGCAUUAAGGAGAUAGAUUGGGGGUAAGGCCCUGCGAUAGACCUUUUUAUUGUUAUUAUAUGCCUAAUUCGUAUCCUAUUUUGUAAUUCCAGCUCACUUUGGUGACAAUAUCCCUGAGAUUAAUGUUGUAUGUUACUUGCACUUUGUUUUCAGGUUUGAAUGAGACAAUGUAUUCCCCUAACUUUAUUCUUUCAAUAAAGUUAUUGUUUUAUUAAUAUUAUAUUGUGUAUGUCUUUCGUUGUCAUAUGUAAGACUAAAUGCCAUUUGUAAUAUGUUUCGGUGCAUAUACACUACAUGGCCAAAAGUAUGUGGACACCUGCUCGUUGAACAUCUCAUUCCAAAAUCAUGUGCAUUAAUAUGGAGUUGGUCCCCCCUUUUCUGCUAUAACAGCCUCUACUCUUCUGGGAAGGCUUUCCACUAGAUGUUGGAACAUUACUGUGGGGACUUGCUUUCAUUCAGCCACAAGCAUUAUUGAGGUCUGGCACUGAUGUUGGGUGAUUUAGGCCUGGCUCGCAGUCGGCGUUCCAAUUCGUCCCAAAGGUGUUUUAUGGGGUUGAGGUCAGGGCUCUGUGCAGGCCAGUUAAGUGGUUACACACCGAUCUCGAUAAACCAUUUCUGUAUGGACCUUGCUUUGUGCAUUGGGGCAUUGUCAUGCUGAAACAGGAACGGGCCUUCCCCAAACUGUUGCCACAAAGUUGGAAGCACAGAAUCGUCUAGAAUGUCAUUGGAUGCUGUAGCGUUCACUGGAACUAAGGGCCUAGCCCAAACCAUUAUGCCUACUUCACCAAACUUUACAGUUGGCACUAUCAAUUGGGGCAGGUAGCGUUCUCCUGGCAUCUGCCAAACCCAGAUUCGUCUGUCGGAAUGCCAGAUGGUGAAGUGUGUUUCAUAACUCUGUAGAACGCGUUUCCACUGCUCUAGAGUCCAAUGGCGGCGAGCUUUACACAACUCCAGCCGACGCUUGGCAUUGCGCAUGAUGAUCUUAGGCUUGUGUGCGGCUGCUCGGCCAUGAACCCAUUUCAUGAAGCUCCCGACGAAGAGUUAUUGUGCUGACGUUGCUUCCAGAGACAGUUUGGUACUCUGUGGUGAGUGUUGCAACCGAGGACAGGAGAGUUUUACGCGCUUCACUCGGCAGACCUGUUCUGUGAGCUUGUGUGGCCUACAACUUCGUGGCUGAGACGUUAUUGCUCCUAGACGUUUCCACUUCACAAUAACAGCGCUUAGAGUUGACCGGGGCAGAAAUGUGACGAACUGACUUGUUGGAAAGGUGGCAUCGUCAUAGGAGCUCUUCAGUAAGCCCAUUCUACUGCCAAUGUUUGUCUAUGGAGAUUGCAUGGCUGUGUGCUUGAAUUUAUACACCUGUCCGCAAUGGGUGUGGCUGAAAUAGCCAAAUCCACUAACUUGAAGGGGUGUCCACAUACUUUUGUAUGUUUUUAACAUACUAUCCAGAGAGUGUCUGAUAACAGAAGAUUCCAUAGAAUUCUAGAAAAAUACCACCGUCACUAAAACGGCUGGAACUCAUUCACAGUAAAAGGUAUUACCAUUCUGAUUUCAGAUUAUCUAUCCUUACUAAAAAAUGAAGACUCAAUGCUCUUAAGUUUUUCUCCAUCUUCAUUAGGAAGUUGUGUAAAUGGCAGUUUGGUGGGGAAAAAACGUUGAUUUCUUUCUGUAUGAUACACAUUUUCACAGGUAUUUCACAGGUGUUUUGGUAUGUCAUAGCAUUUGAUAGGGCUGUUUCUGUGUUAGCUGGUGUUCUAAAGCCUAGUGUUUCCUUUCCCCUUUAAUUGUCAGAUGACUUUUGUUACUCUUUUUACAGGAAUAAUGCCAGGUACCUGUGGAAGCGAAUUCCUCAAGCCAUUAAAUCGGUGAGAAUGUUUAGGGUUAGCAUUUAUCUAAUAUAUUUAUACUGAACAAAAAUAUAAACGCAACAUGCAACAAUUUCAACGAUCUUACUGAGUUACAGUUAGUAUAAGGAAAUCAGUCCCUAAUCUAUGUAUUUCACAUGACUGGGCAGGGGCGCAGCCAUGGGUGGGCCUUGGAGGUCAUAGGCCCACCCACUUGGGAGCAAGGCCCAGCCAAUCAGAAUGAGUUUUCCCCCACAAAAGGGCUUUAUUACAGACCUUAAUACUCCUCCGUUUCAUCAGCUGUCCGGUGGCUGGUCUGACAAUCCCACAGGUGAAGAAGCCGGAUGUGAAGUUCCUGGGCUCGCAUGGUUUCACAUGGUCUGCGCUUGUGAGGCCGGUUGGACGUACUGCCAAAUUCUCUAAAACGACAUUGGAGGCGGAUUUUGGUUGAAAAAUCCACCUUCAACUCACUGGCAACAGCUCUGGUGGACAUUCCUGCAGUCAGCAUGCCAAUUGCACGCUCCAUCAAAACUUGAGGAAUCUUCGGCAUUGUGUUGUGACAAAACUGCACAUUUUAGAGUGGCUUUUUAUUGUCCCCAGCACAAGUUGCACCUGUGUAAUGAUCAUGCUGUUUAAUCAGCUUAUUGAUAUGCCACACCUGUCAGGUGGAUGGAUUAUCUUGGCAAAGGAGAAAUGCUCACUAACAGGGAUGUAAACAAAUUUGUGCACAACAUUUGAGGAAAACUUUUUUGUGCGUAUUGAACAUUUAUGGGGUAUUUUUAUUUCAGCUCAUGAAACAUGGGACCAACACUUUACAUGUUGCGUUUUAUAUUUUUGUUCAAUAUAGAUAGCUGAGGCACAAGUUUGUAAAUGUGUUUGUGUAUAAAGCUUAUUUUUUGUUAGACAAUCAAAACGAGUUAAAGCUAUACUGGGAACUCAACUCUUGAAUAGGUAGGCCAGUCAUUGUAUAAUUUCCCACAUUGAAGAUGGUAGUACAAAAGUGGGACCUGUCCUGCACAUGGAAUUGCUUCAACACAUGAGAAUGAGUGUACUCAACGUCUCCCUAGCAACAAGACUCAUAGUCUGCAUAUCGUUUAGUAUAGUCUAGGCACCAAUGUAUGUUAAAGUCGAUGAAGUCGGUUGAAACGUGGUGUGUGCAGGGAAACCCAGAGCUGACGGCCGUGUGGGCCGUGGGUCAGCGCAUAUGGCAGCGAGACUUCCCAGGGAUCUACUCGGCCAUCGCAGCUCACCAGUGGUCUGAGAACAUCCUGCCCGCCAUGGAUGCCCUGCGAGGUACUGUAAUAGCCGUGCACUUUUCUGUGACCAAUUGUACACACCUGACCUGA